AUGACAGAGAAGUAUCAGGGUAAAAUUGGGACAUUCUUGCAGAUACCUAACGUUGGUAAGGGUCAGCUGAAAUACAUAGGGCUCGUCGAAGGUAAACAAGGGUUAUUUGUGGGGGUAGAUUUAUUGGCUAAUAUAGGAAAGAACGAUGGUACAUAUAGAGGGAAGAGAUAUUUUGAGACAGAAUACCCACAAUCAGGGUUAUUUAUUCAGUUACAGAAGGUAUCUUGGCUACUGGAGCAGAAUUCAGAUAUGAUUGCUUCUAGCACGGCGACAGCUGUUGGUAACACGUCUGUGCAAAACAACCAACUAUCUAUAAUGGGAUCUACUUCUACGUUAGGGAGUGGUGCGACACCCUCGACAGCAGCCAAAGGAAGGAAUCGGACAAAUAGCGUGAUAUAUCGCUCUCCGACACCGAGAAGGGUGACUAGUCGCGCAGCCAGUAUGAUGAGCAGGAAGACACAGGCGUCCGAACAAAGCGACUUCUUUUCUGAUUCCAUGGAAGUUGAAGAUAACGGUAAUAGUGAUGUCGAUGAGUUGGAUGAAGACGAUGAUGGUGAUGUCGUAGACGUUGCUAACGCUGAAACUGUGUCGAAUAAUGAUAAGAAUAGCAUUUUUUUAACACCCAAAGAUUUUAAAAGGCGUAGUGUAUCAUAUGAGUCGAGAAUUAAGCAACAGAGAGAGGAAAUUAUGCACUAUAAGCGGUUACUAGAUGAUCAGCGGAUUGUUUUGGAAGAGAUACAACCCGCUAUUGAUGAUUAUGAAGAUAAGUUACAGUACCUUGAGGCCGAGAAGAAUCGGUUGCAGGCUAUCUUGCAAGCAGAGCGUGAGAAUCAAAACAGGCAGAAGCAGUAUUUCGAGGCGGAGCACGAACAGCUAUUAUCUGUAGUUGAUGAGUUGCACAAGGAAAUAAAAGAAAACGAGGAGCGAAUGAUACGACAAAGAAGACGGCAAACAGUAAUCUUGGAAGACGACACCCAAGUAGCUGAAUUAGAGUCUCUCAAGUAUGAAAAUGAUGACUUAAAAAAACAAUUACAAGCAUUAAAACGCAAGCAGGAUGAACUAGAAAAGUUGAGGUUCAAGUGGGAUACAGAACGCGAAAAAUUAACAACACAUAACAACUCUCUUAACCAGGAAUUCGAUGCCAUUUCCCGUGAGUUGGUAGACACCCAGCGUCGCUUAGAUGACGUUAUCCAGAGUCAAAGUAUGAAAAGUAACACCGAUGUAGCAAGUUACCAAUCAGAGAUUGAAAUGCUGAGAAGAGAACUAGAAGAAGCUAGAAGCUUGAUCGGCAUAAAAUCUCCAGGCAUGUCAAGUAGAGGACUAGUCGAUGCAAACGAUCAACCCAAGAUACCUGGUGAAUCUCUUCCUCUAUAUGAUGCAAGAAAAAACAAAGAUGCCGCUGCUGGGAGAUUGUUAUGGUGUGCACUUUGUGAGAAAGAUGGUCAUUCUGCAUUCGAAUGUACGGAGGUAGCAUUUUAG